AAAUGGCAGUUCAAUUAUGAAACCUGGAAAUUGUGGUUGUGUUUAGUUAUAAAUAAAAAUAUAAAAUAAAUAUAUUUUUGAAUGAUUUUGAAAUGAAUUUCUAUAUUUUUAUUGGAGACUAUAUAAGUUUUUUAUUUUUGUUGGCUGUGAAAAAAAGAAAUAAAAAAAAUGUACAGAGUCGAGGAAUGAUUUUUUUAAUUUAAUAAAGUAAAUGAUUAAUCUUUUAGCAAUGCCCAUGUUUAUGUUGUAGUCGUCAGUCUGAAACCAAGGAAAAAAUGGUGGAAAAAAAUCCCGUAUUAAAAAUCUUAAAAUCGAAAGGAUAAAACAAGAACAAUAAAAAAUAUUAAUGUCAAAGGUCAUUAGUCCUAAACGGCUACCGAUAUGAGGACCUGCCUGAGAGUCUGUGACCUGCACAUGUUCGUUAACCAAUACUAACCAAUCAAAUCACAGAAGACCGACCAACAACCAAUCAGUGACAUACUAUUCCACCGCCCACCCGCCCACACAGGAUCCCAUCCAUUCAUUCACUGAACCUAGCAGAAUCCUGUAACAUUCAAAAACUGGAACACCCCACUUAACUCCCACCCAACAAAAGAGAAGAAAAGAAAUUCCCUUUCCUUUCCCUACUUUUUCCAUUCCAAGCUAAACUAAAAUAUCAAUGCCAGCGAAUCAUUUCCAUUUCCGGUAAUCAUUCUUUCUUCUUCUCAAUGUUCAACCUCAAAUGCUCUAAGUUCAUUGAAUUCAUUCUGUAAUUGGGAGUUCGGAGUUUUUUUUAUUUUUCCUGGAAUGGAGGAGUCUGGAAGUUGGUGUGAAGAAGCAACGAUAAAGAGCUGGGCUAAACAAACGGAAGAGAGUUAUCAGUUACAGCUCGCUCUGGCUUUGAGGCUAUCUUCACAAGCUGCUUCAGCUAAUGAUCCCAGUUUCUUGGAUUGGAAUUCUAGUGAUAGUACCAGAGGAGUUUCUUCUUUCUCUGAUUCUCCAGAAUCCCUUUCUCAUCGUUUUUGGGUGAAUGGAUGUUUGUCUUAUAAUGAUAAAAUUCCAGAUGGGUUUUACGUGAUGCAUGGAUUGGAUCCUUAUACAUGGAGUAUAAGUGCUGAUAGUCGUGUCCCGUCUUUUGAAUCAUUAAAGGCUGUCAAUGAUUUGUCAAUAGAAGUGGUUUUGGUAGAUAGAUUGAGGGAUCCUGGUUUGAAGGAGUUACAUAAUAGAGUUACUGGUCUUUGGAGUGGCUCGAAUACAACAAAAGAUGUGGUUGAGCAGCUUGCGAAUCUUGUUUGUAAUCGUAUGGGGGGUGUUGUCUUCAAUGAAGAUGAUGACACUUUCGCCAAAUGCUGGAAGGAAUGUACUGAAGUUAUGAAAAGGCGUUUAGGUUCUGUUGUAAUUCUGGUUGGAAGCUUAACGAUUGGCCUCUGUGUUCAUCGUGCAUUACUGUUUAAAGUAUUGGCAGACUCUAUUAAUUUGCCUUGCAGAAUUGUUAACGGAUGUAAAUACUGCAGAAGAGAUGUUGUUUCAUCCUGUCUUGUUCAAGUUGGUGAUGACAGGGAAUACUUUGUUGAUUUGCUUGGAAAGCCAGGAGCCCUAAGCCAGCCUGAUUCCUCACUCAAUUGUACAUCUUCAAUAUUAGUUUCUUCACCAUUGUCUCAUCCAAGGUUUAAAUCUAUCCAAACGACUGAGGACUUCAGGACAUUGGCAGCCAAACUCUAUUUCCUUGACUGCCAGCCACUUAAUCUUGUGUUUGAUAAUCUUUCAUCAGGCCCUACUAUUCAUGAAGAUGACAGAUUCAUUUCAAGGCUUGGUAAAGACAUGAAGAACCUUCCACCCACAUCAAGCAACAAACAUGAAGCUUUUCUGUCACCUCUGCACCAAGGAGUUGCUCAGAACAUCAUGCAUGACAUGGAUCUGCAGGCGCCAAACUCAUAUAAUCCAUUUCUGAAUGUCGUAAAGACGGAGAACUUCGUUGAAGGUCCCAAUGAAGGUCCCAAUGUGCCAAGUUCUAUCCUACCAGUUAAGAAAAAACAUACAGAUCCUGUCAUCUCUAAUCCAAAGCCUGUUGCUACAAAUAAUUUGUUGUUCAUGGAAAUAAACCAGACAAUACCAAGUAAAUCAAACAAUCAACUUCAUCUUGAAGAGGAAGAUUUGGAUGUUCCCUGGAGUGAACUUCUAUUGAAGAAGAAAAUUGGAUCAGGUAUUUUUCAUUUGAACUUUGGAAGGACCUCACAGCUGCAUGAUAUGGUAGCUAUUGAUAUUUCUGCAUCCCCUUCACCUGUCCAUUGUAUUUUAGUCUGUGAAUUUUGUGAGAUUUCUUUCAUGAAGGAUACUAACAAAUGCUUCUCAGGCUCCUUUGGAACUGUCUAUCAUGCUGACUGGCGUGGUUCAGAUGUUGCUGUCAAAAUUCUCGAGGAGCAAGAAUUUCAUGCAGAGCGCUUUGAGGAAUUUUUGAGUGAGGUUUCUAUAAUGAAACGUUUACGACAUCCAAAUAUUGUUCUCUUUAUGGGUGCUGUUACCCAACCCCCUAACUUGUCCAUAGUUAUGGAGUAUUUAUCAAGAGGCAGCUUGCACAAACUUUUACAUCUGCCUGAUGCUGCCUUGAUACUGAAUGAGAGGCGCCGCUUAAAUAUGGCGAAUGAUGUUGCAAAGGGAAUGAACUAUCUUCAUCAGUUUAGACCUCCCAUUAUUCAUCGAGAUUUGAAAUCUCUAAAUCUCUUAGUGGACAGUGCAUACAAGGUCAAGAUUUGUGAUUUCGGCCUCUCACGCUCAAAAGCGAAGACAUAUAUUUCAUCGACAAAUGCUGCAGGGACUCCUGAGUGGAUGGCCCCAGAAGUACUCCGUAAUGAGCAAUCAAAUGAAAAAUCAGAUGUUUACAGCUUUGGUGUAGUCUUGUGGGAACUUAUGACCCUGCAACAUCCAUGGAGAAAUUUAAAACAAGCACAGAUCAUUGCUGCUGUUGGUUUUAUGGGCGGAAGGCUUGAGAUUCCAAGCAAUGUAAAUCCUUCAGUGGCUGCCUUGAUUAAGGUCUGCUUGGAUAGCGAGCCCUCAAAACGUCCUUCAUUCUCUUAUAUCAUGAAAACUUUACAGGAGCUGAUAAACGACUCCAUCUCCCAACCAGUUGCUCCUCGAGUAAUUCGAUGACAAAGCUAUAUGCAGUCAAACUGCUCACAUGAUUUCAGCCCUCUCAUUCCCAUGAUAUUUUCCAGGCUUUAACAAGAUGUUGAUCACCCUUUUUGUGUCUGCCAUGAACUAAUUCUUGUAGCUACAAUUGUGAAUAUACACAAGAAGUUGUCAAGAUAUCAAAUAUCAAGAAAAAUGGGUGGAAAAGCCAGGCUUGUCAAAGAAACUUUCAUAGGAGGAGUUGAGGGAGGCUGGUCCAUUCAUGUUACUAAUUAUACUGAUGUGCCAUCAUUUGGUUGAUAUCUUCACUCUGUUGGUCUUAUAGUAUCAGCCAGGGCCUAGGAUUGCUUAUGAGUUAUGAUUACGAUCCUUUAGUGUGAAUUUUCUGGCUGCUCAACCGUCAGGUUUGAGAGAUGGAGAGAGAUCGUGCCAUUUACAUUUAAAUUUUGGGAACUUUUGAUAGAUCAUUGGCAGUAACUUUCUAAUCAUACAUGUAAAUUCUUCUGACAAGCGGUGACUGCUACGGUGACUUCGAGUGACGGGUUAUUUUUUUUUCUAUUAUGAAAAGAAUAAAUAAAAUGCUUGCAUGAAAAGUUUUAUUA